UGACAUAUAAGGUCACUAUGCUUCUUGAGGUCAAGCGGUGAUGUGGGGAAAAGGCGGAAAAUGUGUGAUAUAUACAAGAUAAGAGGCGGCCAUCAGCUUAACGUGUGAACUUUUAUCAUCGAUACUCAGUAAGCCCUUUGACCUCUACCGAGUGAAGAAUGAAGGGGGAUUGACCUGAUAUAUGAGGUCAGAUGAGGCGUGAAUGUCGUAAACAAUGAAUUAGGUUUAGGGGUGAGCUCACAAAGGCGACCGUGUGACCUUAUUUAAAUGGCCGCCGUGGUCGUCCAGAAGCUCAUCGUUUUUUACUGAUUUCCGGUAAAGUAGAGUACGUGGCGGCACGGGGUUUGAGGGGCAGGGCGACACGUGCAUUGCAUUCCUGUGUGUGUGAAGUUGGAGAGCGGGAUAUAAGCCGGCUGGGGAAGGAGACGGUGGCUGAGUGGUUAGCGUGCCGGUCCUGCGUUCGCUACGUCAUGGAUGAUGAGGGUUUGAAUCUGUCGCUGCCACAGACUACUUGUCCUGAAGACCACCACCAUCAUCCUGGACUGUAUGGGACUGUCCAAGGGAAAGCAAGAUGGGGCCGCUGUAAACACUUGCCGGCUUGGGCCCACCACCAGGCCCAGCCGAGGGAGGCUGGUGUAGCAGUGCCGGGAGGUUCCAUAACACAGGGCACUCCUCACCUCAACAACAGUCUCUUCACCGACAAGUAAUUCUUCACCAACAAGCUUUUCAGCAGCUUGGAGAAAUAGCGUGAAGAUGUCAGGUCGCAAUGCGUUGGUCCAUCGGAGCACCUUCCAGAACGCCAACCAGGUGGUGGAGUUGACCACACGCUCCAUUCCCAAGGCUCACCACCACCACCACCACCACCACCACCACCAGCGAGGACAUCAACACCAUUCACCACCACCAUUGAGGCCAGAUCACACCACCACCAACACCAGGGUGCUCUAUGAAGGGUUUAGUGUCAUGUCGUCAAGUCCAUCUCCCUCAAUCUGUUCUGGGACCAUUUUAGUUACAAUUUUCUGUAUCCUUUCCAGCUCCACAUACUCCUCCUUUCUGCUGCCUGUCAGUCCAUGCUUCUAUGUUUCUUCCCGCAAGCUGUUCCAUGUGUUAACACUUCUAUGUGAAAAACUUUACUUUUUCCAGUCACUUAAACAGGCUCCUUUGUUAAGUUUCCCUCCGUGUCCUCUCAGCCCCUGCGUUAGUGAUGCUAAGAAGAGAUCAUCUCUAUCCACCUCAUCAAACAGGGGGCUUCGUGGUGCAGUGGUUAGCACACUCGGCUCACGACCGAGAGAGCCCGGGUUCGAUUCCCGGGCGGAUUGGAAAAAUCUGGGCGGCUUUUCCGAUACCCUACGCCCCUGUCCACCCAGCAGUGAAUGGGUACUACUACCAGGUAUUAAUCGGGGGUUGUGUCCCCCCGUCUCCUGGGGUCUGUUCCCUUCUCCUAUAAUUCCUUCCCCUUCUGUCUCUCCCUGGCAUAUGACCACAGAUGUUGCACCCAAUAAACAAAACUUUCCAACUCUUUCCUCAUCAAACUUAUUUACCAACUUGUACAGUGUGAUCAAAUCUCCUCUCUCCCUUCUUUGUUCCAGUGUCGUCAAGUCCAUCUCCCUCAAUCUGUCUUCAUACGUCAUAUUCGAGAGUUCUGGGACCAUUUUGUUGCAAUUCUCUGUCUUGAGUCCAACCUCAUAAUCUUCCUUUGCAUAGUUUUUCCUUUUUUCCUUAUAUGCCUCAUCUUGGUAUUCAAAUCCUUCCAUAGUUGUCACCUGUCAUAGUUGAUGCCAUUCUUUCCUAAGGGGCACUCGUGACUGACUCCUUCAUCUAACUCAACAUUUUUUGUGAAAAUUAGGUCAAGUCUUGAUGGUUGGUCAUCCCCUCUUAGCCUUGUUUCUCCUUUAACCCACUGCAUCAACAGAUUAUCACAUCAGGUGUGUGUGUGUGUGUGUGUGUGUGUGUGUGUGUGUGUGUGUGUGUGUGUGUGUGUGUGUGUGUGUGUGUUUACCUAGUUGUAGUUUUACAGGCCUGGGCUUUACGCUGGUGUGGUCCCGUCUCCGUAUCUACAUUUAUCCAACUUUUCCUUGAAGCUUUGCACACUCCUUUCUGAUACUACAUCCUCACUUAGUCUGUUCCAAAGCUCUAUACUUCUUUGCGGGAAGCUAUAUUUCUUUAUGUCUCAAGCAUCUUCCCUUCCUCAAUUUUUUACUGUGUCCUCUUGUGUGUUCCUCUUGGUGGUAAUUUCUUCUUUUAGUGGUAACUCCUCAUUGUCUACUUCCAUUUUGCUCAGUAAUUUGUAGAUUUGUAUUAGGUCUACCCUCUCUCUUCUUUGUUCUAGUGUUGGUAAGUCCAUUUCCUGUAGUCUCUCCUCGUAUGUCAAUACCUGGAACCAUUUUUGUUGCCAUUCUUUGUAUUCUUCCUAGUUUCUUUGUGUUUCUUCUUAUGGGGAGACCACACUACCUCCGCAUGUGUGUGUGUGUGUGUGUGUGUGUGUGUGUGUAAGAUUGACUGACUGAUGAAUGAAUAACUGUGAGAUUAAGUAAAUAACUUCCUGAUGGAGUGGAUGAUUGACUUGGCAACCUGUAGCUUUACUCUCAGCCAUUUCAAGUUCCCGACUGAUGUACUAACACCCCCUCAGAUUGGCUACAGUGAAGGUCGUGGCAGCCAAUCAGAGAACAUACUGAAACUCCUGCUGUGAGCUACUCGAUCCUGAGGGCCAAGACCUGCGCCCUCACCACCCCUGUAAAGGAUGCCCAGCUGACCCAACCCUCCUUGAUUCGGAGGAAGAAGAGGAGGAAGAGAUAACAAGAGGAACUCACAGAUUCGGAGGAAGAAGAGGAGGAAGAGAUAACAAGAGGAACUCACAGAUUCGGAGGAAGAAGAGGAGGAAGAGAUAACAAGAGGAACUCACAGAUUCGGAGGAAGAAGAGGAGGAGGAGAUAACAAGAGGAACUCACAGAUUCGGAGGAAGAAGAGGAGGAAGAGAUAACAAGAGGAACAGAAGAAGGAGAAGAAGAAGUAAUCUCUCUCUCUCUCUCUCUCUCUCACACACACACACACACACACACAGUAAAACACACAAU